AUGUCAAUCCAUUUCAGUGCGCAGACAGCAAUAUUGAUCGGCCUGGCACCCGCCUUGUCUGGCGUUGGACAACCUGCCGACGCCUCGGUACUUGCGCAUACGAUCGAUUGCCUGGAACCCUCCGGGAACACUGGUGGCAACCGGCUCGGCGGACAAGACGCUGCGCGUGUGUGGGUGAACCUGGACGGACGAACCGGUCCCGGCCAGCACGGGGUUGGGAGACUGACAGAUGCUGCUGCAGGGAAUCCGGAAAAGCCAAACGUCAAGUUCUCGACCGAGCUCAAGGGCCACACGUCGUCGGUGGAAAAGGUGGCCUUCAACCCAGUCAAGGAUGCCGAGCUCUGCAGCGUGAGCAGCGACGGGGUGGUCAAGUUCUGGGACGUGCGCACCAAGGCCUGCUUCAACGAAGUAAAGGGUCUAGGCGACGCGCUGAGCCUCGUCUGGGCCCCCGAUGGACAGACACUGCUGGUGGGUAACAAGGACGACAACGUGUACAUCAUCUCGCCCUCGCAGCCGAACCCCAUCUCAUCGCAUCAGCAGUCGGUGCAGACGAAUCAGAUCAGCUUUUGUUGGGGCGGCGAGAAGAUAUUCCUGGCGACGUCGGACGGACGGACACGGAUCCUGACGUAUCCCACCUUCGAGCCUGCGCUGCACACCAAGCGCGGCCCCGGCCGUGAAACGAGCGAGUUCAAGCUGCACGGGCAAACCUCGUCGUGCUCGACGGUGGAGCUGCAGCCUUCAUCGAGGUACCUCGCGACGGGAGGGUCCGACUCCAUCAUCUCCUUGUGGGACACCAAGGACCUCAUCUGCCAGAGAACGAUUUCGGGGAUAUCAGGGCCGGUGAGGAGCAUCAGUGAGUCCGAGCCUUUGGCACCAGCUGCCAUCCUCGUCGAGCAUUGGCCGGAAGCUAACCGGUGCCGGCCGCGACCGCCAGGCUUUACUUUCGACGGAAGCUUCAUCGUCGGCGGAAGUGACGAAGGGAGCGGUCUGGAGGUCUACCAUGUCGAAACGGGCGAGCAUGUGCACACAUUCAAGACGGCGGGUCCGUCACCCGUGGUGGCCUGGGCGCCGCUUCGUUACUGCCUAGCCUACAGCGACCUCGGCGUCCUACGAAUCAUUGGCGUGGAUGCGGAUAGGAAGUGA